GUCGCGGAAAAAAAUAUUGUCUCUUUCUAUUGCAUGGCAUUCGUUUAUAGGUUUAACAAGGUUCCAACCUCAUUGAUAUUUCAUUUCAUGUGAUCUUUUGGUAGCGCUGAACUUACGAAAAUAUUUAAUUAUAUUUUUCGUUCAUUUUGUAAGAAACUUUGAGAGAAGCCGGACACAUCGAAUAUUUUAUAAUAAGAUGUCUACUGCUGGAAAAGUUAUUAAAUGUAAAGCAGCUGUAGCUUGGGAAGCUGGAAAGCCAUUAUCUAUUGAAGAAAUCGAAGUUGAUCCACCAAAAGCUGGAGAAGUACGGGUAAAAAUUCUUGCUACCGGUGUCUGUCACACAGAUGCAUAUACUUUGUCCGGAAAAGAUCCAGAAGGAGUCUUUCCAGUCAUUUUAGGUCAUGAAGGCGGUGGUGUAGUCGAAAGUGUUGGCGAGGGAGUGACGUCCGUGAAGCCCGGCGAUCAUGUGUUACCUCUGUACGUCCCGCAGUGCAAAACAUGCAAAUUCUGUCAAAACCCUAAAACCAACCUUUGUCAGAAAGUGAGAAUCACGCAGGGACAAGGUGUCAUGCCUGAUGGCACGAAGAGAUUCCGAUGCAAAGGUCAAGAGCUGUUCCACUUCAUGGGGUGCUCAACGUUCAGUGAAUAUACUGUAGUUCUAGAAAUUUCGUUGUGCAAGAUAGCUGACGCCGCGCCUCUUGAUAAGGUAUGUCUAUUAGGAUGUGGUGUGACAACCGGCUAUGGAGCCGCUCUCAAUACAGCAAAGGUGGAACCGGGUUCGAACUGCGCUAUAUUCGGUCUCGGAGCUGUCGGCCUGGCCGUAGCUCUCGGUUGUAAAGCAGCGGGGGCAAAUCGCAUCAUAGGAGUCGACAUUAACCCUGACAAAUAUGAGAUUGCCAAAAAGUUUGGCGUCAAUGAAUUCGUCAAUCCCAAGGACUACGACAAACCUAUCCAGCAGGUACUCGUUGACUUGACAGAUGGAGGGUUGGAGUAUACCUUUGAGUGCAUUGGUAAUGUUAAUACCAUGCGUGCUGCCCUGGAGGCAUGCCAUAAGGGUUGGGGUGAGUCUGUUAUCAUUGGUGUCGCUGCUGCCGGGGAAGAGAUCAGCACCCGUCCAUUCCAACUCGUCACCGGCCGAGUAUGGAGAGGAACAGCCUUCGGAGGCUACAAGAGCCGUGACAGUGUUCCUAAGUUGGUUGAUGACUACCUCAAUAAGAAACUUCCUUUGGAUGACUUCGUUACUCAUAAAGUACCUCUCAGUGAGAUUAACGAGGCCUUCCAUUUAAUGCACGUGGGGAAAUCCAUCCGUGCCGUUGUUGAGUUUUAAAAGAUACUAAUUAUUUAUAUGGGAAUAUGAUAUUAUAAUGUGAUUCUGUCUAAAUAUAUAACAAACAAUUGUUUUCUACUGCACACCACAUGGGCUGUUUCUCAGAAUAAAUACAUAUUAUUACAUACAA